CGGUAUACAACGAGUCAUUGAUUGCAUACAAAGCCAUCCGCUGCAAUUAUUAGUCAUUAAGACAUGGUCGCAAUGGCAAUACGCCUAACUGGGUGGCCUCGCUAGUUGCCAGCAGUGACCACGCAUCAGUAAGGCUAAUCGCUAGCGUAUCUGCUAAGGCGAUUAGCUGUAGUAAAAGAUUCGCGUCUUUUAUUCUAUACUUUCUUAAGCAAUGGUGCCAAGCAUUGCGUGUGUUGUGCAUAACGCUGCUCAUAUGAGUGAUGGUCUAUACUCCAUACAGGGCAAGCUAUGUCUAACACGUCAUACACCAACAUCUACGUCGACGACAGCGUGAUCAACGUUGCUAGGGACGUCAUCCAGCAACAGGUUACCGGCGAUGCCUUCUUCGUCUGUGAUGUGAGGGAUCUGGAGUACAAAGUGAACUUAUGGAGAAGCGAAAUGCCAAAUGUGACGCCUUUCUUUGCCGUCAAGUGCUGCACAGACCUGGUAGUUCUGCGUACGCUCAGCUCUCUGGGAGUCAACUUCGACUGUUCCAACAAGGUCGAGAUCGAGAUCGUCAUGCAGCUCGGCGUGUCUCCGGAACGAAUUGUUUUUGCCAAUCCCAUCAAGAGCGUAGAAGACCUCGACUACGCCAAGCGGAACAACGUCACUCUCAUGACGUUCGACUCCACUGACGAACUCGACAAAAUCAGGGACAAGAAUGCCAGGUUACUUCUUCGCAUCCAAGGCAACACCGUGGGCUGCGGAAUCACUAUGAACAAUAAAUUCGGCUGCAGCCUGGCCGACGCCAGCAAGGUGCUCAGAAAAGCUCGAUGCCGCAAUCUGAACAUCGCCGGCGUGUCGUUCCACAUCGGAGCCGCGUUUAAGCACCCGACCGUAUUUCAGCGAACCAUCGAGGACGCCAAAGCCGUGUUCGACGUUGGCCGCGAGUUAGGCUUCAAAAUGGACACGCUCGACAUUGGCGGCGGCUUCCCUGGAGGCGCACGAAAGCUGGAGUCUUUCGUCGAGCUGUGUUGCAUCAUCAGAGACGCCAUUGAUACUAACUUCCCACCAUCCAGUUGCGUAAACAUCAUCGCCGAACCGGGACAGUUCUUCGUUACGUCUGCAUACACUCUCAUCACCAAAGUUGUUGGCAUCAGAAAAAACGUUAUGACCAUCGAAGGGAAAUUCUGCGAGCACCGCGACGUAUUCAUCAAUGAAAGCAAAUGCAACACCAUCAACAGAGACCUAUCCGAGCUCAUGGACAUCCAUAUAAGCCCUCUGGAGCCUCCGGUCAACCGACCUCGGGACAUCCUGACGACAAUCUGGGGCGCCACGUGCCACCCCUGGGACAUGAUCGUGGACCGCUCGCACUUCUUUGCCGUCGCCGAUGGGGAGUGGCUUGUGUUUGAUAACAUGGGCGCCUACACGCUUGUAAGUGCAUCGGGUUUCAACGGCUUCGGCUUUCCGCGUGUCCACUACAUCGCCUCGGCUGCCUGCUUGCCGCUCGUGGAGUUCGCAGUCAUUGCGACGCGAGCGCGAAGUGGCUACGGGCACCUUGAACGAGUGCUCGAGCCGCGUCCGCUCGAAGUUUCCAGCUCGCCAUGCACAUACCCUGAGUACUCGUUCAACCCAAGAUGA